AUGUUAAAUUAUAAUGGAAAUUUAUGGGUUCGAAAUAAUUAUGUUUUAGGGAAUAGAGUAAGAUAUAAGAUAUGAUUAAUAAGACUUAAUACCCUUUGUUUUUAGGUACGGUGGCUGGAACUCUUCUUCUGUACUUAUAUUGUGAUUUUGUUUUACUUAAAAAAUAUUGUGAAGUCCCUAAUUUAAGUAAAGCAAUUGUAACAUUUCAGAUAUUAUCAAUAUAUUCAAUGUUUAGAGUCAAUAUGACAGGUAAACUAAACAAAUUUAGAUUUUAGAGCCUGGUGUAUAAAUGUAAACGAUUUUAGAUGAUAAAAAUUUUUAUGGGAAAUUAUGUGAAAAAUGCAAGGCCAUUAAAAUUGAUCGUUGCUAUCAUUGUAAAUUUUGUGAUCAUUGUGUAAAUGAUUUUGAAGCACAUUGCUUUUUGAUGGCAACAUGCAUAGGCAGAAGAAAUAUAAAAUAUUUGUUAGGACUUGUUACAUUCACAGGGAUGGCGUUAUACUUAUUAUUACUUAUUUUAAUUUAUAAAUGUAUAAUUUGACAUAAUUAUUAUAGUAUUUGUAUCAGAUUGCAAUAGAGAACUAACUUUCAUUAUUUUAAAUAUUGUGAGCUUAGUUCUAACAUUGAUUCAUUUAAACCCAUUUAUAUAUACGACUUGGAGAAAUGCAUCAUAGGUAAUAUAUAAAUUUUAAGUUUAGAAUUGGACCAAAAAGGAAAUGAAUAAAACUAAAUUUAAUGGGUCGCCUUCAUUUAUUUAUAAAAAUUAUAAAUAAUUCUUUACUCAAAUUUGUGAUAGUUAAUUAUAUGCAAGUUUUGUAUAAUAUUGA